AUGGACGCCACUUGGACGACUCCAGAUGCUGCUCCAUUUGGCGAACAUAUAUUGAUCCCCAACGAGCCUCUUGAAACAUCCGAUCCGAAUCCCGGAAAUUCUUCGAACUCGAAAAUCUUCCAUUCCAUGGGCAACCUGAGUCUUGGCUACAGCAACCUCUGCCAGCUGUUCACCAUUGAGGACCACUUUGAUUACAUGAUGGACAUUGAAUACCAAGGUAUUUUCGGGUCCUUCAACGCAACGGGUCGUGCACAAGGCAUCGCUUGGGUGGAGGAGUUCCUGAAUCUACACUUUGACUUCACUCACGACACAUCGAUCGUCGCAGUCGUGACUGCGUUUGGCCUCAAGCAAUUCGCACAGGUUUUUCCUUCUACCGGGUCUCCAAAAAACCAGCAAUUCUUCACCAGCUGCACGGUAAUCCAGAUCAUCAAAGCUCCGCACCCUAUUUCAGCGAAACGGCCAUCGUUGACCAGCACAAGCGAUGUCUACAACACUACCGGUGGGGAGACCUGGUAUGUUCAUUUCUUGCAAAACCAGCAGAUCCUCCCCUUAGGACAGAGCUUUCCCUGUUGCGGUGAUCGCAAUGAUGGAUGGUGUGAACUCCUGACUUUCCUAGAAAUUCAAAAGAGCAGCUUGGCCGAGGCCAAUUUUGACUACACCUGCACUGGAAAUUACUCUGCGGUCGCGUACGGAGAUGUCACAAACGGUGCGCCGGAUUAA